UAAUACCAUAAAGUUCUCAUUUUCUUUCAAAGAAGAAAGGGAGAAUAAGAAAAUACUUUUAAUUCAAAGCUUCCGAUUGCUGAUUGGUUUCCUCCUUUUUAUCCCCUAAUCACUACUUACAAGAUUUGGAGACAAGGGGACUGUAUUAUUGUAAGUAAUUUGUGAGCCUUGAUUAUAUUUUUGGCGGAAUGUUAUUCAGAUAGCGAAAAAAGAAAGGGAGAAAUAACUUUCAAGAAAGAAAGAGGAGAAAAAACACAGGAGAAAUUUGGAGGAGGAUAAUGGCGGGUUCAAAUAUAGCGGGGACAUCGGCACAAGCGUUGCGGCGAGACCCGUAUGAGGUGCUUUCGGUGUCUAGGGAUUCUUCUGAUCAAGAAAUCAAGACUGCUUACAGAAAGCUUGCUCUCAAGUACCAUCCUGACAAGAAUGCUAACAAUCCAGAAGCUUCAGAUCUUUUCAAGGAGGUUGCAUAUUCAUACAGUAUUUUGUCUGAUCCAGAGAAGAGGAGGCAAUAUGAUAACUCAGGAUUUGAGGCCCUUGACACGGAAGGAAUGGAUAUGGAGAUUGAUUUGUCAAAUCUCGGAACUGUCAACACAGUGUUUGCCGCUUUGUUCAGCAAAUUGGGUGUGCCGAUCAAGACAACAAUUUCUGCUAAUGUUCUUGAAGAGGCUCUGAAUGGAACAGUUACAGUUAGACCUCUUCCAAUUGGAACUUCGGUCAGCGGAAAGGUAGAGAAGCAGUGCGCUCACUUCUUUGGUGUAACUAUCAGUGACGAACAAGCAGAAUCGGGAAUAGUAGUUCGAGCUACUUCAGCUGCACAAAGCAAAUUUAAGCUCCUGUACUUCGAACAAGACUUAAAUGCGGGAUAUGGCUUGGCGUUGCAGGAAGACAGCGAGAAGACAGGCAAGGUUACAUCAGCUGGAAUGUACUUCUUGCAUUUUCAAGUGUACAGAAUGGAUUCAACUGUAAAUGCGUUGGCAAUGGCAAAGGACCCAGAAGCUGCUUUCUUCAAAAGACUCGAAGGCCUUCAACCUUGUGAGGUCUCGCAACUAAAAGCCGGCACUCACAUAUUCGCUGUAUAUGGAGAUAACUUCUUCAAACCUGCUACAUAUAUGAUUGAGGCUCUUUGUGCAAAGACGUACGAAGAUACAACUACUAAGCUUAAGGAUAUCGAAGCUCAGAUUUUGAGAAAGAGAAGUGAGCUACGCCAGUUUGAAACAGAAUAUAGAAAGGCAUUGGCACGAUUCCAAGAAGUCACAAAUAGAUAUACUCAGGAGAAGCAGUCUGUGGAUGAGAUGCUAAAACAUCGGGAUAGUAUACACUCUUCUUUUACUGUUGCAAGAACUGUUGCUUUUCCAACUGGGAGUGGUUAUUUUAGCAAUGGAAGUAGCAGCAAAUUUACAUCGGAAGAUAAUAAAUCCGAGGCUAGUCCCGGCGACGAAGGUAGUUCAGAUUCCAAGGAUAAAUCUUCAAAGAAGAAAUGGUUCAAUCUUAACCUCAAAGGAUCCGAUAAAAAGUGAGACCUUACUGAGGUUUGAAGUUCAUUCUUCGCGCAAUUUUUUUUUUCAUUUUUUGUUUUUUUUUCGACUCGUACUUUGAUGUCUUAUUAUGGGGUUGUUACUAUCUAUUAUUCUCGAUCCCUUCCCCAUGGAUUGCGGUAGUAUUUGCUGUAAAAUAUUGAAAAUUAUAGUAGUUUGUUGUGUAAUUAAAUUGUUUAUUCUUGGAGUGUUCAAUAUCCGAGUUCGAAGCUGGGGAUGGUUUGUAGAAUAGUACAAGGAAUCAAUUAGAUUUUUUUUUUCAUUUAUUAUUCUUAUUGUUGUUGUAACAAUGAUUUUGUUCCGCGUCGGCUGCAUUUGGCAAAAGGGUGUCGAGAUAUUAUGAUUGUGUUUAUAUUGAACAUUUUGAUAUGC